UUCCCAUAUCAGUUUGAUUGUUCAGCGAAGCUGAUGAGGCAAAUUAUAUCGCGCACGGCGCACACUUGAAAGAGUAGCAUUUCUCGAGAAUGUCGUAUUUCUUGUUGAUAAUUUUGCUACCAUUAACUAGUUCCGUCGAAGGACAGAAAGAAUUUCCAGAUAAUUUCAAGUUUGGUGUCUCGUCAUCUGCCUAUCAGAUCGAAGGAGCGUGGUCGGAGGAUGGCAAGGGGGAAUCUAUCUGGGAUCAUCUUGUGCACAAUCAUCCGGAGAAGAUUCGCGACCGAUCGAACGGUGAUGUAGCUUGCGACAGUUAUCAUCUCUGGCAUCGUGAUGUGGAAAUGUUAAAGGAACUGGGUGUUGACACCUACCGCUUUUCGAUCGCUUGGACGAGAAUCAUGCCCACGGGUAUUGGCAAUCAGGUGAACCCUAAGGGCGUUGAAUACUAUAACAGUCUCAUCAACGCUCUGCUGGCGAACAACAUUACACCGUAUGUGGUUCUGUAUCACUGGGAUCUUCCCCAACGGCUACAAGAGAUGGGAGGUUGGAUCAAUAGAGAUACCAUCGGGCGCUUCAAAGAAUAUGCAAGAUUUGCAUUUGAGACGUUCGGAGAUCGAGUUAAGUGGUGGACGACAUUCAAUGAACCGGUUCAGAUAUGUAGAGAAUCGUAUGAACAGGAUGCGAUGGCCCCUGGAUAUGAUUUCCCGGGCAUACCAUGUUAUCUUUGCGCCCAUAAUUUGCUGCUGGCUCAUGCAGAAACGGUGCAGCUCUAUCGUCUUCAUUACCAAUCGAGUCAAGGGGGUAAGAUUGGGAUUUCUUUGAGUUCGGCUUGGGCGCAGCCUAGAAGUGAUUCAGCUGACGAUCGCGAAGCAUCUGAAAUGAACUUACAAUUCAUCAUUGGCUGGUUUGCCCAUCCUAUCUUCUCUACCAACGGGAACUAUCCACAAAUCAUGAUUGAUAGGAUCGGAAACUUUAGCGCCCAGCAAGGCUUUGCAAAGUCCCGCUUGCCUACAUUUAGCGCAGAUGAAAUACGCCAAAUUAAGGAAUCAUCGGAUUUCCUCGGGUUUAACACUUACACAUCUUACAUGGUACAUAAACUGGACGAACAAAAUGCGAACAUAUUUCCCCAACCAUCAUUUAAUCAUGAUAGUGGAGUGGUAGAAUAUCCAAAUACGAGUUGGCCCGAAACAGCUUCCAGUUGGUUCCGAGUACACCCCAAGGGCAUCUACAACUUGUUAACAUGGAUCCGCAGGGAGUAUGACAAUCCGGAUGUGUUCGUCACCGAGAAUGGAUACAGUGAUCAUGGUGACAUGAGGGACACAAAUCGGGUCGAGUAUUUCAAAAAAUACAUGGACGCAGUAUUGGACGCUGUUGGGGAGGGAUGCAACGUCAAAGGUUAUUUCGCAUGGAGUUUGAUGGACAAUUUUGAAUGGCGCGGAGGUAUCGUAGAACGGUUUGGUUUAUAUUACGUCGAUUUUAAUCACCCAAAUAGGACUCGAACCCGGAAGUCAUCGGCCAAAUUCUACGCGGAUGUUAUCAAAAAACGUAAAAUAGAUAUGGAAUUGAUGCCUGAGCCGGAUGAUUAUACACCAUACUCAGCUGCUGAAGCAGUGUCUACGCGUGUGAAACCGGUGAUUAUAGCGGCGAUGAUUGUUUACUUAUAUAAAUUAAUCUACUGAAAGUUAUCAAUUCUCAAUAGAUUUCGGAUAUCAUCAAAUCGGUGACAAAUUUCAUCUUAAAAUUGACUUUAUUUUUAACUAGAUCUAGCUCAUCCAACGACGACUAUUUACACUCGCAUGACACACAAAAUUCAUACACCUCAACGAAAUGUUGAGAAUUGCACACCAAACAUUGUUCCUAUUCCUAGCUACUGUAGACUACUUUUAGCACAAUACUCAAUGUUACAAGCAGUAGGUAUAUCACAGGAACCUUAAUACUACUAUGUGAUCGAUAGGAAAUUGCCUCAAUUAUGACAUCAGCUUCUGGCCGGUAGCUCCAAUCAAUACGAUGGGUUCUAACGAUGUUGGCAUAUACUUUGGCCGAUGCCUUUGGCGUACGCGUUCGGUUUGGACUGCUGAAGUCUACGUGGAACAAUCCGAACUUCUCCCUAGAGAACAAAUAAAUGUUUUCAUGACCAAAAUGUCUAGUUUAAAGCAGCAUUCAACACUCACGUAAAUCCAGCCUUCCACUCGUAGCUGUCCAUCAAGCUCCACGCGACGUACAUCUGAAUGUUGCACCCGUCUUCUAUCGCAUCCAGAACUGCCUCCAGGUAGGAGUUGAAGAAAUCGAUUCGCUUCACAUCGUUGGUGCCACCGCGAUCGCUUACUCCAUUUUCCGUAACGUAAAUCGGCGGAUUAUUGUACUCCUUGCGUAUCCAAUUCAGCAGCUUAUUCAUCCCCUUGGGCACAACCUGACAGAAUGAUAAACAUAAAACAAUUAAUAAUUACAAGCAGUCCAGCACUCGAACACCAUUCCACUUGUGGAACAAGGUCAUUCGAUUGAUUCAAAUCGCCGUAACGCCUUUUUUCAGCUCUCGGUUGGCAGUGGAAUUAAACGCAUUAAUAAUCAAGCAGGUUUGGCAAGAUAGGACCCGUCCAGAAUGGCAAAUCAAUGAUGAUGUUAGAAUAACCAUGAUAUGUAUGACGAUCUUGAGAAUAAAAAAUGCCGUUGCACUUGAGAA